UUGGAAACUAAUCUUCCAUCCCCGAUGACUGCCAGGGUCUAUGUUAAUUUACCAGGGUGUAAAUCUUAGAACUUUCGAAACCGGGUUUCCCGAAGCCGCCGCUUGGUGCCAAUGAGCUGAAUUUCCAUGGCUGAAGAGCCGCAGAUGGACAGCCUUCGUGCGGACCUGUUGGAAGCACAGCAGAGUGAGGCAGAAGCACGUGCAGCCCUGCAACAGUCAGCUGAGUAUGGAAAGCUAUUGUUGUCAAGGAAUGAGGCUUUGGAGCAGGAACUCGAGGUGCUACGCCAAGAGCUUGGGCGGAAAGUUGCAGCGGAGGUUUCGCAAAGGAGCCGGCUGGAAGAGGAGUGCAGGCGACUCGAGCAAGAACUGGAGACAAAAUCCAAACCGCAGGAGCGCCAUGGCUAUUCGAGAACUUCUCGACUUCUGAGCCUGAGUGGCUCACUGGACUCUGACGAGGAGCCCAACGUGGCACAGAUGCAACAGAGGCUGAAGCGCUGCGAAAAAAAUGAGCAGGAGCAUCGAGAGGCUGCAUGGUUGGCAGAAGAACAUGCCAACAUGUUAGAGGAACAGAACCAAAAGUUGGAAGAGGAAUGUCGACGAUUGCAAGCACAGCUGACGAGGUCACGGCCAAAUGACGAGGUCGUUCAACGUUGGCAGAAGGCUGGCAGUCUCGUGCGUGAUUCCUUGCGUGAUACGGAGGAGAUGGAGAUCAGCGAGAAGGGCCUUGGCCGCAGCCUCCAAGGCCAAGUUGGCCACAUCCACAGCAACGGUGGCAGCGCUCCGACGUCGCCGUCCUCGUGGUCUCCGUUUCGGCGUCGCACCGCGCGGCUCUCUGCGUCGGAAGAUUUGGAACAGCUGGUGUCGACCGUGUCGUCGGAGAGAGAUGCUGCACUGGCCGAAAAAGCUGCGAGCGAAGCACACUGUGAGGCACGUCUUCGGGAAAUGGACGAAGAAGUCACAGCUCUUCGGCUGCUGCUGGAAGAAGAGACAGCUCGAACUGACACCAUGGCACAGCAUAUUGACUACUUGGGAAGUAUGCUGGAGGAGCAGCAUGCUGUCAACGGAGCAGCAGUGAUGUUGAAAUCUCUGGGGCUUUCACGCCCUGGAUCACCUGAAAGGGGUGAACUGCUGUCUGCAGCCUUAGCCAAGGGGCGGCCUGAGGGAAACUCAGCAAGGCUUCGACCUGACUCGGUGGCGUCGCAGGAGGAGGUACCCAGCCUACAGAGUUUUCUGGCAGAUUUGCGCUCCCGUUCUCCAUCCCAGAGUCGUAGAAGCCGAGCCCCUCACUGCACUUUGGAGGAAUUCCUGGGCGAAAAACCCACGUCCUUGGCCAAUGUCACUGCUUCCACCCGAGCUGUCGCAUCGUUAUCACCAAGUGACACGGACGCCAAAAAGGUCUCAUUACUGGAACUGCUGGGGUGGAGCCGUUGCUCCCAUUGCGGAUCAUUGAUGUGGUUCUCAAAUGGACAAAGCAAUGGCAGCAAUGGCAGCAAUGGACAUGGACGCAAUCAGAACAAUGUCUGCGUGGCAAACGGCAAGAAAAACCUGGCAAAAAGCUGGACCUUGGCGCUUUCUCAGGAAGCUGCUGGCCAACCAGUCAGGGGUCGAACUCUUGGCGGACGGUGACGGCGACACAGUCGCCUCCCUGAAGAUCCUGAACUUUCUCUUUUUUGCCUGGAGAGCGAGGUUUUAACGUGUCGUUUCAACAUUUU